UAGUUGCUAUUUCUAACUCACAUAGCCCUGCGCCUCCCGACGCCUCUGACUGACAAUUCUUUCCGUGAAUGAAUUUGGUCUUCUUUUUUUGCUUCUCAUAGAUAUUAUUACCAACUACUACCUUCUAGUGACUAUUUACUUUUAACUCUUUUCGAUAUUUUUCUACAUAUUUCCUAUUUCAAAUCCACCAUACAUACCUACUACCUAAUAUCCAUAGCUAGAUCAAUCAAAGUGGCAAGCCCUUCUGCCAAAGAGAGAAGUCAAGAUAUUGAAUACCCAAUUCAACUAGUAUUCGUAAGACGGCCUAACACAUGCCGCAUUCCUGUGUCCUGACACGGGCUCUCUAUCCCGCGGCGCUGCUGCUGGCAGCAGCUGCCUCCGCGUCUGCCUCUGCUAUACGACCAAAUUCAGCAGCACAACUCUUCGCAAGAGCCGACAGUUGCGGGGCGGAUUUCUCGCCAUGUUCUCAAUCAGGACUCCCCGCAAACUUCUGCUGCGAGGCGGACGCCACAUGUACGAUACUCGCAGCCAACACAACAGUUCUUUGCUGCCCUAAGAACUCUAAUUGCGACAAAAUUGGCCCGAUAACAUGCGAUCUCGGACUCCAAGACCCGGCCGUGAAUCCUUCCGCCGAAAUCAAGACCACGGUGCUAAACGGCAUCCUAACAACCUGUGCCGGACAAUGUUGCCCAUUCGGGUACUCCUGCGACGGAACAAACUGCGUGAAGGAAGCAGACCAAAGCAAGCGACCGCCCGUGAAGGCGCCAACAAGCAGCAGCCCGACCUCCAGCCCAACCUCAACAAGCACCCACAGCGCCUCAACAACCGUCGCCGUAAGCGGGAUAAGCUCCGCGAGCAGCACCGCCUCCGCCGCCCCCUCAACGCAAACCCCCACAACAUCGACCUCCGGGACCGCCAGUACCGUAACAAUCAUAGGCGGCGUAAUCGGCGGGCUCGUCGGCCUCGCCCUGCUAAUCCUCGCAGUCGUAAUGCUCCGGCACCGUCGCAAAAAGGCGUUAAAAGCCAAACAGGAGCAACAGCGCCGAGACUCAACCUCCUCCUUCGGGAACAUAAUCUCAAACCCAGUGCCCCACGCAAACUACCCAUCCCAACGUCUCGAUUUCCUCGCCAAGACGCACGGCACCGGGUCUCGAAAAAGCUACGCGCCGUCCUCACCAACCGCAGUCGCAAGCCCGCAAUCGCAGCGCAAAGACGGGUUCGGCGGGGACGUGAGGGAGUACUACGGCGCGGGGACGCCGGGGUUCAUGCCGCCGAACAGCCCGUACAGCCCGUACGCGCGGCGCCCCGAUAGCCAGAUGUCGGACGCGCCGCGCAGCUACCACGCGUCGGCGGAGAUCAGCGGGCUGCGCAGCCUAACGCACAGCGCGAACGCAUCGCCGACGCCGAAGGCGCGGGGGAAAGGGCAAGCGCAGGAGAUGGCGCCGGCGCCUCUUGUCACAGUGACGCCUGCGGCGGAGGAAGGCGGAGCGAGGGGGCGCGAGAGGUAUCCCAGCUCGAGCGAGGGGGAGAGCAUAAAUAUCUUCGCGGACCCGCUGAUGGUGCCGGGUGGUGCGGGGGGCGCGAGGCCCGGGAGCGCGGCGACGACGUGGUCGAAUAUCCAGCAGCGGGCUGAUAACGCGAUGCACGGCGAGAGCGGGGGUAAUGGGCGGAGUAGAUUGGGAGAGUCGCCUUUGCGGAGGUGAUUGCGUUUUCCGAUUCAAGAUAGUUACGGGAUACCUACAUUAAUAGUGUUUAUGAGCUUUUCUAGAUUGACUUGUGGGCGGGCAUGGCGUGGGCUGGCGUUUUACUACCGGGUAUCUUAUCAAGGUUCGUUUCUUCUCAUCGUCCGCAGAAUUCGGAACCAGCGAGCGACAAUCAACUUCUAAGUACUAUCUCUUUUGUUGAAUAGGGGGGGAUAAGGAUAUAAUAAAUAGGAUCGCGGGCGGGACAUCAUGAUACCACUGAAAAGGAUAGGAUAGGGGAAGGCUGCAUAUCACCACGGAGUUAGAGACACUCGCUUUGGGGAAAAAAUCUCCCUUUUUUAUAUUCUCGCGAUCUGGCGCGGGUGAGUUGGCUGGGCUGGGCGGACAUUGAGGUUGUCGUGGCCGUUUGUGUACAUAUCUAACGUAUCCCCUUUUGAGGGAGUGGUGUAUCUACUUGUCGUGGGUAGAUUUCAUGAUACAUGCCUCUGACCAGCUAACUUCGUGUUGUUUACAUACACUCAACUUCUUAAAUCUUAGUCACG